GCUGCGCGCGCACCGGACCGGCGGCGCCUCCACAGCUGCCCGUAACAAGUGAAACGCUGCUCGCUCGCUCGCUCUCUCUCUCUCUCUCUCUCUCUCUCUCUCUCUCUCUCUCUCUCUGCAUCUCCUCCGCCUUUCUGCGCUCUGGAGUCUGGAUGUGCGAUGGAGAAUCGACGCGUAUAACCGGAUUCCUGUUGGAGAGCACGAGUCAUCUUAUUUUUUCCCUCCUUCUCUCUCUCUCUCUCUCUCUCUCUCUCUGUCUCACUCUCUAUCUCUUGGACUUGCACUGUGGCUUUCUUUAAAAAACAAUUUCUUUUUUUGUGUGUGUGUGUCUCCUUUUUUUCGCCCGGAGUUUAUGAAUUGAAGUUGGCGGCGUGAUUUCGGCGUGUCACCGGGCUCCACGGGGGGGAAGAGCCGCGUGCGCUUCUUUUUUUCUUUUUUUUUUCUUUUUUCUUUUUCUUUUUUUUUUUUGCGCCUUUGACUGUUUCUGCGCACACCAUGGCGCGCGCCAGUGGAUACGAGCGCGCGAGAAGGGCUCUGGCUGGUGCAGUUUGGAUGGCUUUGAUCUGCGUCGUCUCUAGAACGCAGGGUUCUCAGACUCUACGUAGUUUCAUAGAGCUGCGUUUCGUGUUGGAGCCGCAGGACGUGGUAACAAUACGAGGUGGUGUGCUACAGCUGGACUGCCAGGCGCGAUCUGACCGUGGUCUUCCCUCCAUCUCGUGGAAGAAGGAUGGCGUGCUGCUGAGCUCGGUGGUGGACGAGCGGAGGCAGCAGCUGGGCAAUGGAUCACUUUUAGUGCAGAAUGUGGUGCACUCGCGCCAUCACCGACCCGAUGAGGGAGCCUACCAGUGUUUGGCCACUCUGGAGGGGGUGGGGGCCAUCGUCAGCCGUACAGCCAAGGUUACCGUUGCUGGUCCUUUACGUGUGGUGGUCCCCACCGAGUCGGUCUCAUCCUACAUGGGCGACACGGCGUUGCUGCGCUGCGAGGUGACAGGCGAGCCCAUGCCUGUAGUGCGCUGGCAAAAGAACCGUGACGAGCUGCCCUUGACCUUUGACCCCGAGAGCAGGGUGGUGGUGUUGCCCUCCGGCUCGCUGCAGGUCAGCAAGGUGCAGCCGCCUGACGCUGCCACCUACCGCUGCCUGGCCGAGAACCCGGGGAGCGCUCGCACAGGCACGGACGCUGACCUGAGGGUAUUACCGGAGCCUGGAGUAGUGAGGAAUCUGGUCUUCCUCCAGAGACCCGUGAAGGUCACGGCUCUACAGGGCAGAGACGCCGUGCUGGAAUGUUCCGCCUCCGGCUACCCGACCCCCUCCUUCUACUGGAUGAGAGGCAGUGAGAUUAUCCAAAUCAGGUCGAGGAAGUACUCGCUGCUCGGCGGCAGCAACCUGCUAAUCAGCAGCGUCACGGACGACGACUCGGGCGUGUACAGCUGCGUAGCGUAUAACAAAAACGAGAACAUCACUUCUUCCUGUGAGCUCUCCGUGCUAGUGCCACCCCAGUUCUUGAACUACCCGUCCAACACGUACGCAUACGAGAGCUCGGACAUCGAGAUGGAGUGUGCGGUGACGGGGAACCCUCAGCCCACCGUGCGCUGGAUGAAGAACGGAGAGGCAGUCAUCCCCAGCGACUACUUCCAGAUCGUGGAUGGUGGGAACCUUCAGAUUUUGGGCCUGGUGCGUUCAGAUGAAGGAUUCUACCAGUGUGUGGCAGAGAACGAGGCAGGCAACAACCUGGCAAUGGCCCAACUUAUACUCCUCGAGCUUGUUGUCCCGAGUUCAGGCGUCCUCCCCUCCUUCCCCCGGGAUGUGACCCCUGUGCUUGUGUCCAGCCGCUUUGUGCGCCUCUCAUGGCGCCCCCCAGUGGAGACACGUGGUACCAUCAUCACCUACGGCGUCUUCUACACGCAGGAGGGCAUCAACAGAGAGCGGUCGGUGAACGCGACAGAACCGGAGAGUCUCCAGUUGACGGUGAACAAUCUGAAGCCCGAGGCGGUUUAUAUCUUCAGGGUGGUGGCAUACAACGAGCUGGGGCCAGGAGAGAGCUCUGAGCAAAUCCGGCUCUCCACACAACCUGAACUGCAGGUCCCUGGUCCUGUGGAGAACCUCCAAGCCGAGGCCAUGUCCCCGACCUCCAUCCAGGCCUCAUGGGAUCCUCCGGCAUACGCCAAUGGCCCCAUCCAAGGCUACCGGCUCCUCUGGACCGAAACCUCCAGUGGCAAAGAGCAGAGCAUAGAGGUGCUUGGGCAAAGCUACAAAAUGGAAGGAUUGAAGAAGUUUACAGAAUAUUCUUUACGUGUCCUGGCACUGAACCGCCACGGCCCGGGCAUCUCCACAGACGAUAUGUUCAUCACGACCUUCUCUGAUGUUCCGAGCGCCCCUCCCCAGAACAUCUCUCUAGAAGUGAUCUACUCGCGGAGUAUUAAAGUGAGCUGGCAGCCCCCUCCGGCCAACGCGCAGAACGGCUUCGUCACAGGCUACAAGAUCCGCUACCGUAAAACGGGCCGGCGAGGAGAGCAGGAGGCCAUCGAACCCAACAACCUGUGGUAUCUGUUCACAGGGCUGGAAAAAGGCAGUCAGUACAGCUUUCAAGUGGCGGCCAUGACGGUCAAUGGUACAGGCCCUAACUGCGAAUGGUACACUGCUGAAACGCCAGAAAACGACCUUGAUGAGACACAGGUUCCGAACCAGCCAAGCUCGCUGCACGUCCGUCCCCUUCCCAACAGCAUCAUCAUGAGCUGGACACCCCCACUGAACCCCAACAUAUUGGUGAGGGGUUACAUCAUUGGCUAUGGCGUGGGGAGUCCCUAUGCUGACACAGUGCGAGUGGACAGCAAGCAGCGCUACUACUCCAUUGAAAACUUAGAGCCCAGCUCCCAUUACGUGAUCUCGCUAAAGGCCUUCAAUAAUGCAGGAGAAGGUGUGCCGCUGUAUGAGAGCGCUGUCACCAGAUCCAUGUCAGAUACGUCCACUCCCAUGAUCCCCCCUGUAGGCGUGCAGGCUGUGGCUCUCUCCUCGGACUCGGUCAGGGUGAGCUGGGCCGAUAACUCCAUGAGCAAAAACCAGAAGAGCAGCGAAACGCGCUAUUACUCCGUCAAAUGGAGGGGCAGUCACUCCAGCAGCAGCAAGUACAAGUCUGCAGACACCACCGGACUGAGUCACACGGUAACAGGUCUGAAGCCAAACACCAUGUACGAGUUUGCCGUCAUGGUGACGAAAGGCCGCAAGUCGAGCACGUGGAGCAUGACGGCACACGCCACCACGUAUGAAGCAGCGCCGAGCUCCGCCCCGAAGGACCUGACGGUGAUCGGUCGAGAGGGUCGUCCCAGAUCGAUUCUCAUCAGCUGGCAGCCGCCGCUCGAAGCUAACGGCAAGAUCACAGGUUAUAUCGUGUACUACACGUUGGAUAAGAACAUGGCCAUCGAUGACUGGGUGAUGGAGCCCAUUAGUGGAGACAGGCUCACCCACCAAGUCAUGGAUCUGAAUCUCGACACCGUCUACUAUUUCCGCAUCCAGGCCAAAAACGCCAAGGGGGUGGGGCCUCUCUCUGAGCCCGUCCAAUACAAGACGUCCAAAGUCGAACAUCCGGACAAGAUGGCCAACGACCAAGGUCGUCAUGGAGACAGUAGCUACUGGCCUUCGGACAAUAAUCUGAUUGACAGGAGCAGCCUGAAUGAGCCACCCAUCGGUCAGAUGCGGCCGCCGCACGGCAGCGUGACUCCUCAGAAGAACAGCAACCUGCUGGUGAUCAUCGUGGUGUCCGUGGGCGCCGUCACCGUUGUCGUCGUAGUCAUCGUGGCUCUCAUUUGCACACGCCGAUCCUCUGCACAACAAAGGAAAAAGCGUGCCACGCACAGUGCUGGGAAAAGGAAAGGAAGUCAGAAAGACCUGCGACCUCCUGACCUGUGGAUCCACCAUGAGGAGAUGGAGCUGAAGAACAUCGAGAAACCAUCCAGCUCCGCCCCGUCCGGCCGAGAAUCCCCGAUCCAGAGCUGCCAAGAGAUCGCCCCUGUCAGCCACAGCCAAUCAGAGAGCCAGAUGGGCAGCAAGAGUAGCCACUCAGGUGGUGAUGCAGAUGAAGCGUCCAGCAGCAUAUCCACUCUAGACCGCUCCCUGGCUACACGGAGAGCGACUCGCUCGAAGAUGAUGAUCCCGAUGGAGUCUCAGCCCAGCAAUACACCGGUGGUCAGCGCCAUCCCGGUUCCAACACUGGAGAGCAGUCAGUACCCGGGCAUCCUGCCUUCUCCGACAUGUGGCUACACCCCUCACUCGAAAUUCACCCUCAGGCCGAUGCCCUUUUCCACGCUCACUGUGGACCGAGGCUACGCCGCAGCCAUAACCACAGAGACCCCCCAGCCUCAGGCGUCUCUGAUCCCCACCGUUCAGCCCGAAGCGUCGGGAGCAGAGGAGCUCCCGAGCCGCUCCAUUCCCACAGCGUGUGUCAGACCCACACACCCCCUGCGUAGCUUCACCAACCCUCUCCUGCCCCCACCCAUGGGCACCAUCGAGCCCAAAAUCUACACUCCCAUGAUGCCACAGCCAGGUGGCAGUCUCCCUAAACCCCAAGUCAAGACAGCUUCGUUAGGACAGGCUGGGAAAGCCAGAUCACCGCUACUUCCUGUCUCCGUUCCGACAGCACCCGAAACCGCAGAGGAAGGGCAGAAACCAGCAGAAGACCCCGCAAGUGUAUAUGAGCAGGACGACCUGAGCGAACAGAUGGCCAGUCUAGAGGGACUGAUGAAGCAGCUGAACGCCAUCACCGGCUCGGCAUUUUAACGUCGGGGACGCAUCGGCGGGAGCUGUGAUCUAGCGGCGGGACGGCACGCCAUGAACCGGGCCACCCACCUGUGACUUUUCAGACUCUCUGGUGUCCCGUAUCCCUCUGCUCUGGCCUUUAUUCCACUCAUGCGUUCAUCGGCGAAAAACCCUGCGAUGAAACAACAACAAAAAAUCAUAAUAAAAAGAAGGGAAAUCAAUCAAUCAAUCAAUCAAUCAAUCAAUCAAUCACACGCAAGACUCGUAGAAAGAUGUUUUUAAAGACGGAGCUCCGUUUAGAGCCGGGCCACCUCGAGAGGAUUCCUUCACCAACGUUUUCCGUCUUUCCUUUGGUCGUUUCCCCUCGCGUUUGCAGCUUUGGCGAAUAUAAAUAUCACGGAGAAGACCGGGUUCCGAAAAUGACACGCCGUUUUCCUCAGGUCCAUCUCUCUGCUGCGCCGUCGCUCCAUCUUUCCAAAAAAAAAACAAACAAACAAAAAACUCUGCUACGCUUUUUUCCGGAUCAUGACUUAUUAAACACGGCUUCGUGACGAAAAAAAAAAAAAAACAAGUCCACGCUGCCGGGAUCGGGGAAAUAAACAAACGAUCCGUCUGGUCGCAGAUAUACCUCCGCUUCCUGACCAGUAGUUUGACCUACUAUGACUGUGUUAUAAUGCACACGCUUAUAUACGCGCAUCAUACCCUGUAUUACAUCGCUUCCGUUUCGUUCAGACGCACGACGGAGACUAUGAGCGGUCCGACACGGCGAGACACUACUGUACAGCGGCCGUGUUUUUGUUCCCGUCCGAGCCGGACGGAGAGGUGAGACGUCGCAGCUGGAAAGCUGUGAGAGAAACGAACACCGCGAAUUUCACUUCCUCCCAGGCUGUUAUUUUACAGCUUUCCAGGUCCUCACCGCGAGGCGCGAUGGCGGUCUCGUCAAUGAAAGACCCUGUCACAUAAAACGGUGUCAACAGCAAAAUAUACUGCUGCGUCAACACGUACCAUGUUUUACUUUCCUGUUCCUUUCCCCCCAUUUGUGCUCUGUCAAAUCUUGUUGUUGUUGUUGUUUUUUUUUUAUACAUGAGUGGGAGACUCGUGUAUAUUUGGAUGUGCCUCUAUUUUUCCCCCCUUUAUUUAUUGAUGCUGUCUGUAAGCAUCAGUGCAUAUAUUUUUUCAAAUGAUUUUUAUUUUACUUGUGUUUUAAUUUAGAAUUGCACUUGCGCAAACCUGCCAGAUAGAAAAUAAUCAUUUUGCGGGGCAAAAAUAUGGGGAAAAAAUAAUAAUGAUAAUAUGGAGGAGGAAGAAGAAGAAGAAGAAGAAGAAGAAGAAGAAGAAGAAGGAGGAGUGCCCAUGUCCUGUCAUUCCUUACGCCCAGAACAAGGCAUGGCGCCUACAUCGGAUAUUUUUCUUGUAUGCUGUACAUGUGUAAACUUUACUAUGGACAAAAUCAUGAACACUGUAGCAAGACAAGAAAAUAUGCUGGGGGGGUUUUUUUGUAUUGUACAGUACCAUAGAGCAAUUGAAGGGAGAUCAUUAGUUAGGUGGUUUUAGGGUUUUUUGGGGGUUUUUUCAAGGGUGGGAGAACAAGGGAGGUGGGGUGGUAUUAGGGUGGGAGGAAGUGCAGAUGGGGGGGGUUUAAACCAGGAAAUUUAAUAUAUUGUUUAGAGUGUUCCGCAGUAACUUCUCAUCGAGACGGUGCGUCCGUUUUCGAAAUGAUUUCUCCAGAUCAAAUGAACAAAAACGGGACGUCGGAAAAAGGACCGCCUACCGAAUCCGACACGAGGAAGUGCGUACAACGUGAGAGAACUGGAUUUUUUUCGUGGUUAGCGAUCCCCAAACGAAGGAGCAGAGUCGGCUCAAUCUAUUUUUAGUAUAUUUUCCCAAAUUAGUUUUAGUCCGGACUUGAUUUCCAGUAUAAAUUCGCUUCCAAUAGGUGUUUAUCCAUUCCAGUUUAGUCAUCAGGUUGCCAUUACGGGAAAAAAUAAAAAAAAAUAAAAAACGUUUGUUGUUUGCAAACUGGAUUGUUUUAUUAAGCUAGUUAUCAGAUUUAACGUUUAAUUCCCUCAAUUUGGACAUUUUGAUUAAUAAAAGUGACCUCGCUGAAAUACUACGGUGAUUCUAACAUUUCUAACCAAACCCCAAUACUGUGACAAACUUUUUAUAUAACAAAGCAAAAUCGAUAUCCUAUACGUAUUUUUCCAUCCUUCCUAAAUUGUCCGAUUUUAGCAUUGUUAACCAAACUAGAGUAGACAUUGAAAGGUACGAGUGUACAUUUUGUUGCCGUUUGAACGAGGGGAGAACGUUACACACCUUCUAGAGUGUGAAACACGCCCCCCUUUGCCCAUUUCUACCCACAACGUUGUAUACAAUUGCUGGUUUUGUAAUGCACUGUAGAACAGUCUAAUGGUCCUUUUUUAUAUAGACACGUUAUUUCAAUUGUGCAUUCUUUUGGUUUGAUAAAUAAAGUUUUUGAUAAAAAAAAAAAAGGAAAAAAAAUAAGGAAAACAAGCAUCACUUCCUUUCAUUGGUGUUUGAUUUAUCUCCGUCUGGAACCCUUCUGUCAUUCAUUAUGUACUGCUUUGUAUAGAUUACUAUACAGCUAAAAACUCAUCAUCGUGACCUGCUGUUACAUUAAUAAUCAAAUAGGCUAUGGGUCUCAAACUUCCAUCUAUUU